AUGGAUCUGGAGAAGGGCCGUCGUCGGUCCAAGGCUUGUAGCACCUUGGAAAAAUGUUUGAUAUUUCUCUUUGUGGCCAUGACCGGCGCCUGCAUCGGCCUGGUGGUCGUCUACUUCAUGGAUAGAGCCGAUACUUCCACUGAUGUAGAAGACCUGAAAUCGGGUUGUGGAGGUUCCCAGGAGCUGUCCGGAGAGUCGGGCACCUUCGCCAGCUGGAACUACCCCAACAGCUAUGACAACGGCAAGAGCUGCACCUGGCAGAUCACAGUGGAUCCUGACAAGGUGAUCCACGUGUGGUUUGAGGAGUUUGCUUUGGAGGAGACGAUGCUCUGCACGGCCGACUUCGUCACACUGAGAGACUCCCUGGGAAUCAUCGGUAAAUACUGUGGCUACACCAAACCGCAGCCGUUGGUGUCACUGACAAACCGCCUGUCGGUCUACUUCGACACCAAUGACAGAAAGACGGACCAAGGAUUCAAGGCUCAUUACAAAGCCGUGGCUCCAGAGCUCGCAUCCGAAAUAGCCGGAGCUGGUGGCUUUCUCCAAGGUGACCAGGGGGAGCUGAUGACCCCUCACUUCCCUGAGAAGAACUACCUGAACGGAGCUUUAUACCAGUGGAAAAUCACAGUGCCUGAGGGCGAAAGGGUCCGACUGACAGUCACCUCCUUCGACCUGGUCCCCGAGGCCUGUGCAGACUUCGUUCAGGUCUAUGAUGGCCACUCGGCUGGUUCCUCUUCAAUGGGUAAAUUCUGUGGAGGAGCGAUGCCGAAGCCGGUGUUGUCCAGCAGCAACACGAUGGUGGUCCGCUUCAAAUCCGACAACAGUUUGACUUCAAAAGGAUUCAAAGCUACUUACACAAAGUCCAGUAUUCCACCUGUUGUUGUUCCCACCACAACAAAACCCACACCCACAGCUACACCCAAACCCACCACCCUGAGACCCACCACACCACAACCUACUCCACCUCCUACAUCUUCAGGUACAUUUUCUCCAGGAGUAAUCUCUGGGCGCAGAGGAGUGAUCCAGUCCCCAGGUUUCCCAAAUACAUAUCCUGCUCACCAGAACAGCUCGUGGAAGAUAUCUGCGUCCAAAGGAUUGCUGGUCAAACUGCAGAUCACUGACCUGGCCAUCACAGGAGAGACUGGACAAUGCAAAGAGGACAAACUGGUCAUCUCAGACGAGUACAGUGUUCUGGGCACCCACUGCGGCAACCUCCUCCCCCCAGUGGUGGUCAGUGCCAGUGAAACACUGGCUGUCACCUUCCAGUCCGACAGUCGGCUCACAGACCGAGGAUUCUCCGCCAAGUGGGAGGCUGUGUAUCCUGAGGAUAUCACAGAAAUCCAGGGCUGUGGCGUUUCUUCCAAAGAGGAAACCGGUGUCAUCAAGUCCCAGAACUGGCCUAUGAACUACAAGGCCAACUCUGAGUGCAUGUGGAACAUCGCUCUGCCUCAGAGGAAAAAUAUCACUCUGACGUUCACCGACUUUGACCUAGAAGGCAAAGAUUUCAUCUCGUCCAAAUGCUUCGACAACAUCGUAGUGUACGACCUCGACGGUGCCACCAACGAGCUGAUCCAGAAGCACGGUCCUUUCUGUGGGACCACAUUGCCUCAAACCAUUAAGACAAGGGGCGGCAGGCUGGUGGUUCGUUUCAACUCAGACUUGUUCACUGAGGCCAAAGGCUUCAGGGCGUACUGGAGUACAAACCCCAGUCUGCCUGCUCCCACUGAGCCACCUGCUCAGCCCAACCCCUGGGACAAGAUCACCAUAGACUGGCCCACUUGUGGCAAACCGGCCAUCCCUCCCACUGUUAUGUCUCGCAUCGUGAACGGAGAGCCAGCCAAAGCUCACUCCUGGCCCUGGCAGGUGUCCAUGCAGGUGUGGCCUGCAAGUCGUCCAGAACCUACUUUCUUCCACACCUGUGGUGGAACACUCAUCCAUAAGAACUGGGUUCUCACAGCGGCCCACUGCUUCAUUAACUAUGCCGAUGAGCUGCAGCGUUGGCAGAUGUGCCUCGGCAAACACAACCUGACCUUCACAGAGCCGAGCCAGCGCUGCUUCAACGUGUCGGGCAUCUAUCGCCACGAGGGCUUCAAGUAUCCCACGGUGCCCACGGUGGAGUUUGACAUCGCCCUGGUCCGGCUGGACGGGGACGCGGUGGCCAGCAGUGAGAUCGCGUUCGCUUGCCUUCCCUCUGAGGAAGAGGUCCUGCCCAAGGACAAGAUGUGCUACGCCACCGGCUGGGGAGAUGAGACUGGCGAUUCACUUAAUGCUAAAGUUGCGGAGAGCCUUAACCAGGUGGCGUUGCCCGUCGUGCCGUACGACACCUGCAAGCGGAUGGAUUACUGGUGGUUCCAGGUCAAGACCUCCAUGAUCUGCUGCGGUUACACCCUGCCUGAUGAGCUCAAGUCUGUCUGCCAGGGGGAUUCAGGUGGUCCUCUCGUGUGCCAGGAUACCGUUGGCGGCCCUUGGGAGGUUCACGGUAUCACCAGUUUCGGCCCAAUUGGAUGCAUCAUGGAUAAGAAGCCCUCUGUGUUCACUCGCUCAUCCGCCUACCUCCCCUGGAUCCAAAAUGUCAUCCGCAGAGACAUGUACAAUACACACACAUCUGGCUGUGGAGGGGCAAAGGACUUGACUGGGACAGGUGGCACUAUUUCCUCUAUGGGUUACCCUGGCAGCUACAGCAACAAAGCCCAAUGCCAGUGGAACAUCCGGGCGCCUGUCGGCAAAUUGGUCCACCUCCAUUUCCACAAUUUCUCCCUGGAGGAGAGUCAGCUGUGCUUGAAUGACAAAGUCAGCCUCUCGGACCGAUUAGGAAGUCUCGGCACCUUCUGCAGCAAUGUACCACCCAAAGACCUGGUGAGCGAUGGAGAAAGUCUUCACAUCUCCUUCUCCUCCAACGACAAGGUGGUGGACACGGGCUUCAUGGCCAGCUGGGAAGCAGUGGACCCCGCAGUGGUUCCUUGUGGAGGAAGCUUCAGCAGUGCUCAGGGUGAAAUCACCUCUCCUAACUGGCCCAGUCACUACCAGGCCCAGUCUGUGUGCACGUGGCGUAUCACCAUUCCUUCAACUAAGAGUGUCCAUGUAGCCUUCACUCACUUUGCGCUGCAGCCCAUAAACGCUUUAGGAAACUGUGUGGACUAUGUGGAGGUCUUCAGUGGAGAAAGCAUGACAUCAUCAGGACGAUUCUGUGGCUUCAGCCCUCCAGCCGCCAUGACCAUCCCAGGCAACGUGGUCGUCAUUCGCUUCCUUAGUAACGGAGCUAACCAGCAGCAGGGUUUCCGUGCUUACUGGACCACAGACCCCAGUGUUAUCCCAACGUUACCUCCUCCACCUCCCAACCCAUGGGACAAUAUCACUAUCAGCUGGCCGAAAGACUGUGGAAACCCAGCGGUGAAACCCAGCACAGCGACAACCAGGGUGGUCAAUGGGGUAGAGGCGGUCCCACACUCCUGGCCCUGGCAAGUCUCCAUGCAGGCUAAAAUAGUGCCUCCCAUACCUUACAUGCACGGCUGUGGAGGCUCUCUGAUCCACGAGGAGUGGGUCCUGACGGCUGCUCACUGUUUCAUGCUGCCACUGAAUGUACCCUCCCAAUGGCGCAUGUGUCUCGGGAAGCACCACAUGGACGCCUCCAUGGAUGUUCCCUCAGCGCAGAAGUGCUACAUGGUGGACGGCAUCAUCAAGCACGAGGGCUUUGUCUACGAGCAGGAUAAAAGCGACAUCACCAAUGACAUCGCCCUGGUGCAUUUGGCUGAGCCUGUCAAUAUGACUAAGGAGAUCAGCCCCGUCUGUCUGCCUGAGCCUGGGGUUGUGAUGCCCGCCGGAAGGUCCUGCAUUGUCACCGGAUGGGGAGACGAGAAAGGUUCGAUGAUUCCCGAAGUGUCUAAGAAGCUGAAUCAAGCCGCACUUCCUAUCGUUGACUUCGAAACCUGCAGUAAACCUGAGUACUGGUCGGACACCCUCAGACCCUCCAUGAUCUGUGCUGGGUACGAGUCUCCAGAUGAGCUGAAGUCCGCCUGUCAGGGCGACUCUGGGGGUCCUUUCGUCUGCACGGCCGCUGAAGCCAACGCCACGUGGGAGGUUCACGGCAUCGUCAGCUUCGGACCACAGGGCUGUAUCAUGGACAAGAAGCCGUCUGUAUUCACCCGUGUGUCUGCCUUCAGUGACUGGAUACACGACAACAUCAAGAAGUUUAUAUAUGACAGCAAAGUAUAA